AUGUUGUCUAUCGGCUUCCGUCUUUGUUUUGCCUCUUCGUUUAUUCCCAUUUCUAUCGCCCAACGUUUUCUUUCUUGGUUGAGCUGUGUUUUGGAAGGAAAGUUACUUAGUCUAUCUAUCUAUCUAUCUAUCUAUCUAUGCCAGUCUAUUUAUAUCUAUGUAUCUAUCUAUAUAUCGAUCUCAAUCUGCUCAUAUCUAUCACCCGCUUCUAUUCUUUCUCUGUUUCUUGCACACACACUCUCACCCUCACUGUAUCAACAUAUUAUCUAUCUAUCUAUCUAUCUAUCUAUCUAUCUAUCUAUCUAUCUAUCUAUCUAUCUAUCUCAUUCUGCCAUACAUCUAUCUAUCUAUCUAUCUAUCUAUCUAUCUAUCUAUCUAUCUAUCUAUCUAUCUAUCUCAACCUGUUCUUAUAUCUCUCAGCAACUUCAUAUUUGCCUCUCUCCUUUCACUAUCUCUAUUUCAGCAUAUCCACAUCUAUCUAUCUAUCUAUCUAUCUAUCUAUCUAUCUAUCUAUCUAUCUAUCUAUCUAUGUCUUAUCACUAUCUAUCUAUCUAUCUAUCUAUCUAUCUAUCUAUCUAUCUCCUUUUUCAUCAUCCUCUUAAGAAAUGA